AAAGCGGAACGAUUGGUUGCAGGGUUUAUUUUCCGGGGGACCUCAGAGCCGAUCAUGGCGACUCUCGGCGGCAGUCGUGGGGAUCGUCUCGGCAACUCUAAUCAACAAAAUGCCUCUCUUACAUCUCCAGAGAAAGUUCGCGAAAUUCUUAAUGAAGGAGUGUCGUCAACAAAUAUCGGAUUCAGCAGUGGACAAGGAGAUUUGAAUGUUCUGGAAGUAAAAAGCAACACUCAAGCACCUUGUGAGGCAACGAACAAAGAAGCCUUUUUCUCAAGAGUGGAAUCCUAUUCAUGUUUGAAAUGGGCAGGCAAACCCCGCACACUGUCCCCUCUGAUGUGCGCCAGAUAUGGCUGGAUCAACGUUGGCUGUGAUAUGCUCAAGUGCUCCAGCUGCCAGGCUUUCCUUUGUGCAUCACUACAACCAACUUUAGACUUUGAAAAAUAUGAAUCCCGCAUUGCAGAGAUAUCGAGGCAGCUUCAGACACAGCAUGAGAAGUUUUGCCCCUGGCCUGACUUUCCAUGCCCAGAGCGGUUCUGGCUGGUUCCAGCCUGUGAACCAUCGGCACUUCUCACUGCCUUCUUAGAGCGCUUCCAGAGCGCCUGUCUCCUUGCACAGCAGCUGCCAGCCAUGAAACCGGAGCAGCUGAAGUCUAUGUCACUGACUGAGGAUGUUAUCAGUGUUCUACUGCAGCUGAUAGAGGAAGAACAAAAAAGAAAGACAGGGACUCCAUGUCCUGAACCUUUGGCUGUCCAGGUGGCUGCAUGCAUUGUUUCUCUCUGUGGCUGGGCUGCAAGCCCCACUCUGCGCGCCAUGAACCUGCCCAUCCUCACCUGCUCGUACUGUAUGCGCAAGGUGGGCUUAUGGAACUUCCACCAGAUGGAGGGAACAGGAGGCGAUGGAGAUGCCUUACCAAACACUGUAGGCCCCUCUGCUCAAGCAACAGUUCCUGCCCCAGCAGCUACGCACGAGGGCCAGGGGGACCAGCCUGCUUCUGGCUCAUCCACCCCUGCUACAACUCCAUGUCGCAUGAAGCUGAGGAGCCAGGACUCCACCCGCUCUGACCAGGGUGAGGGAACCUCCUCCCCCGUGGCUUUGCGUUCCCGAAGCAGAGACUCACCAAGCCCAAGUGAAGAGCUGCCCAGUCCUUUGACCAGGGGCAAAAGGUCCGCAACUCGCAGUAGAGGACAAGGGGACAACUCUGGGUCUGAUGGCGCUGCCAGCCUGCAACAUCCUCCUAAACGCCUGUGCCUCUCAUCAGUUGGUGGUCCUGAUGGGCUCCUGCAUAGGAAUGCAUUUGACCCCCUCGCUCAGCACAGAGACUGGUGUCCCUGGAUCUCUGUGGGAAAAGAAAAUGUGGAUCCAGGGGCGAUCCCCUAUUUGGAUAGAGGCUCAGCGCUUCAUCAGCAGGGCUGGAAGGCUGCUCUCGACCUCCUCAUGCCCAUGAAGAAGAACUCUAAUACAGCAGGAGGCAGUCCAGCACAGGGCCCUCGUGACAAGUCUAAAAGGGUGUUUGAUAUAUUCCGUCAGUGGCAGGUAUCCUCCUCUACAUCUCAGUAGACUGUUUCCUUCUAACAGCAUCACAACACUGAAUUGAUGAACUGACCUGCCCUCUUUUUGUGGUACAGAGUCUGUAGUACUAAUGACAGGAGUGUCAUAUCAUAUCAAUGUAUGCCACCUCUUAAAGUCGUGUUUACAGUCGAAGGAAGUUGAUUGUGUCUUUAGGCAAAUUAAUGAGUCUCUUCUCAGUGAACAGUGAAAUAUGUGAAGGAUGCCUGUGUGGCAUUAAAAUGUUUGAAUUCUACUUCAUGAAAAUUGGGAUGUGCCGCUGUUGGGGUGGGGGGCUAUAUAGGCCAUGUAUCAUGUGUGUACACAAGUAUUCAUCAAAUAAUAGAACACAUCUCAGCAUAUAAAUUGGCCACAAGCAAGGCAUCUACUAUAAACCUCACAUGAAGUCUGCUUCGGUAGUCCUUCGUGACAUCAUGAUGGUCUGGAUUUCUGUGGAAUAAAAGAGACAAGAAAUCCAUGAUCAUGAGAAAGGGCCAAAUGGCUUGACACUGGAAAGGCAAUGUUUACUUUCAAUGUAUGUUGAGUCAUUUGAGGGAGUGGUAAACAUUAAAGCAAAAAAAACUGUGAGGAAGUCAUUUUGUGUGUGUACUGUUGUGGAUAUGAGUUCUCUUUGAAAAGAACAGAAUCCUUUUUGGAGUAGUGAAAUGUUUUUUUUUCACUUAGUCAAUGCUAAAAUCCUGAUUAUUGCAGGAAGGUAGAACCAUGUGCCAUGAAUUUCAAACCUGUUUUGAAUUAGAUUUGGGAUGCCUGUACUUCCUUUUUGCCUUCUGCUUGACAUCUCAUUGCUAAUUCAGUCAUUUCUAUCUGCAUGUGCUUUUAUCUCCGUAGAAUUUCCUAAAAGGGUUUAAUAAAAUGCUCUUCUGAAA